GUCAGCAAUGACGACCAGGCAAAAGCAAAUUUCUUAGCUCCUGACAUGAAUUACAUUGCUGGGAAAAUAGAAGAUCAACAACCUGAUGAUGUGGAUUUUGCUGGAGUUCAAAAUUUCUACAGCAAAAUUCCAACCAAGUUUCGUGACCCAAGCUCUGCACCCCUUAGAAAGCUCAGUGUGGACUUGAUAAAAACCUACAAGCAUAUUAAUGAGGUAAUUAAAAUGUCUGAUGGUAUCAUUUUGAGACACAUGUAAAUUAGACUAAAUGCGAACAGACUCCCAAGUGGAGCGGACCAAAAAAGAAAAUCGGCGAUGAAAGUAAGCUGAGUGUGGCCUGGGGCAGAAAAAGGCGAGGGAGCCUGUAGACUUUCUUUUGAUGCCAACCAUUCAUGUUACAGAUUCUGGUAUCACAAUCUGAUUGGUCAGAUCUGUAACUGUUGACAAGUGAGCAAUGAGUAAUACCCUCAUGCACGCGAAUGUUAUCAAAGCUGAUGCAUUCAAGCCUAAAAACAUCAUAAUUUGACAGGUCUAAUUACCUUAUUGACAUGUUAUUGACACAUAUGUUACAGGAUAAUUGCAAGUGGGCGGUUGAUCGACAUCAAAACAAAGUCUUCAUGCUCCCCCGCUUUUUUUUUCUCUACCCCACUUUGCUCCCUUUUUUCUUUUUUCGUCCCGCGCCAUUUGGGAGCUUGUUCGCAGGCUAGAUUAAAUUAGAUGUAAAAAGCAGUGAAAUUUCUCCUCAAAUCAAUUUGUAUGGUUGAAUUCAUAACCAGGCAAGAUGAAGCAAAUCCUGCGUCUACCCUUGUGGGCAAGAUGGCCUAUUUUGUGCAUUGGUCCCGCAAGAAAAAGUACUCUUUUUAGCCAUCACAAAGCUUGUUCAGUCACUAAGAUGGCUGGAUAUUGGCCUCAUUUUUUUAUUUAUUUUUUUGCAUUUUUAUUGACCCUAGCGUCAUCUCAGUUUAUAAGAUGUAAGAACUAACAUGGUCAAUAUCUACCCAUCUUGACCCUAUGUUUGGUGAAUAACAACUAGAUACUCUGCUUAUACCUUGGUAUAACUUGUACUGAAUGCCCUUCAUGGCACCAAAAUCUGCAAUUUACACCUCAAUUUACACCCCAAUUUACACACUGAAUUUACACCUCUACUUAUGUGAAAAAACAAACCUUUCCCCUUUCAUACCGAAGCUUCCACUCCCUAUGGUAGGUUGCAGAGUGCAGAGUCUGAUAGCCUAGGGCUAGUAAAGGACCCUUUAGACUAGCGUGUGUCAAUUACUACAAUUGUCCUUUAGGAAGGGAACGUUUGCCAAAGUAAAUGGUAUGUGUAAAGGUUUGUAAGCCUGCAUGGUUUAGUAAUAUAGAGACACAACCUGCUUUAACCAUUGGACUACAGGGAAACUCAUGGUGAGUGAGGUCAUUUACCAGGUUGUUAUAUAUUUUUUUUAAGGUGUACUAUGCUAAGAAAAAGAAACGGAAGGAGUUAGAGAAAAAUGAAGAGGGUGGACACAAGAAAGAAAGGCGAUUAUACAAUGAUGGAUAUGAUGAUGAAAAUUUUGACUAUGUUAUAAAAGCGGGAGAAAAGUGGUUUGAUCGUUAUGAAAUAGAGUCAUUGAUUGGAAAGGGAUCUUUUGGUCAGGUAUUUAGAACAUCCUUAUAAAUUGUGUUUUUAUGUGUUUUUGAUGGAGUGACAAGUAAAUAACCAUAAAUGAAACAGAUUUUUUCCCACUUAGUUUUGUCACAAUUUUUUUAAGAUAUAUUUUUUACAUUAUUUUUGUUAACUUGUUUAUUGUAGCUUGAUUGCUGAAAUGAGAAAUUACAGCUUGAUCAGAAAACUUCAGCCAUGGGAUUAAAAGAAAACCAAUUUCGGUUCAAAUGUUUAAACAUCAGUUUUAAAUGGUUUCUUUCUUUGUUGCAAAGCUGUAGGCAAACAAAGAGCUUUUUAUCAGUCGACAAUUGUCUCUAUUUUUGAAAUAAGUCAAUUAAAAUGCAGGUUUUUCCUUUUAUGCAAAUUUCGUUUGAAGGGGUUUUCCCUAUGGGUUUGCUGUCUUCCGCACGAGAAGUUAAGAUUAUUCAGAUUUUUUUCAAAUGUUAAUCCGUCAAUAUAUUUUGGUAUAGCCUGUUGUUAACAUUAUUGUUUUUAAUAUGUACAGUAUUCCUAGAACUAGGCUAGAUUUGAUCUAAAAGUUGACCUACCAAAACGCACAAAUUCUCUUGAGUUUAUUGCGAAAAAGAUGCUUUUGUUUGAGUUGUCUUUAACUAUUGUUUUAUUUGAAAUUGGGAUUUUACCCAGAGAAGUCAGUACAAAAAUUAAAUCGCCUUAGAUAUCGUACUCUUCUAUUAAGUUUCGUUUUGUUGCUUUGGAGAAACGAGUUCCCGGUGAUAGCUGGAAGUGAUUUGUAAGGAGCAACAACAACGAGUGCGCGCAUUUCAGUCGACAAACAGCGAUAUCAAUUACAUGUUUUUUACUCUUUCUGUUAUUUUAGGUUUGCAAGGCCUACGACCAUCAAGAAAAAGAGUACAUCGCCAUUAAAAUCAUCAAGAAUAAAAAGCCAUUUUUAAAUCAGGCCCAGAUUGAAGUUCGGUUGCUUGAACUUAUGAACGCACAUGAUCCCGAGGGAAAAUAUUACAUAGGUAAGAAAUCGUAGUCAAUAGAGUGGAAUCUUGUUACAUAACGAACCCUUUUGUAACCGAGGUGACAGUAUAACAAACGCCCGGGGGUGGGGGAUCCCCCCUACUUAAAGUAGCUAUGUCACGCUACUUGCCAUCUUUUUAAACAGCUGGAACUUUUUUUUCCCCGCAUCUAUCGAAUUCCAACAAUAAUAAUCCAAAAGGUUGAGUUUGAUCGUCCGGGUGAACGUAGUCCUGAAUAGGACUGUUGUUGUUGACAGUGACUGACGUUUCGACAACCUGUGCGGUAGUCAUCUUCAGAGUCAAAGUUUUGUUGUUCAAGACUAAAUUUAGAAAUUUUGAUGCCAUGCCUGCAAAAAUCACGAGUAAAAUUAUUAUGUUGAGGUUGUUACUCCCUGAUGAAAGAACAAAAGAAAGAGUAAACCUGUAGGUAUGUGUGCAGGCCAUUUUUCUGAAAUUAUAUGAUGAUGAUAUGGAGCAAUCUGGCCAGGAGCUAAACGACUAGGGAAAUAACAUGAAGUGACCGUGAACGCGUUCUCCUACCCGGGGUGCCAGAGGUUUCCUUUGAUUUCUACUUCCUUACGUGCGCACGGUUUACAUCAUUCGUGAACGGACCUCUGCAGUCAGGGUAGCUUUUUCCCGUUUCCAGAGCUUUUCGUUGUGUUGGAGUUCUCAUCACGUUAUAACUUUUACCCUCUCGCAUGUAACUUUUCGUGAUAUAAUACACUAAUUUGGAUAGGAGGCGAACACUUCGUAAAAUGCGUUGCAUGUUGGAGAAUGCAGUGUUAAAGGAGCUGUGUCACGAAAUUCAGCCAAAUUAGGAAAUUACAAAAUGCCUGUUAAAUUAAGAGACACGUAAAAAUAACAGAUACAGAUACAACAGAUGUAACAGAUGGGCAAAACUGAAGCAGAUUGAAACGGAUUUAAAUUAGGGUUUUGAAAACUGUUCAGCCUAACAGUUUUUUAAAGUUGAUCUCUGCUGUUUGCAACUUCAAAAAUAAUGCUCACGAGACAUAUGUGUUUGUCUCGAAUCUCUGAUUUUGUCAUUUCCAUGUAAUUUGUAUAGGUAAUAGCAUGGUUUGUAGUGAUAUUUGGCAUUAAUACUAAGAGUGAUGUUUCGAAAUUGUUAUACGUAAUUUCACGAGCCGUUAGGCGAGUGAAAUUUGAGACAAUUUUGUAAUAUCACGAGUGGUAUUUAUGCCAAAUAUCACGUACAAAUUAUGCUAUUAUUUGUUUAUACUACUACCCGCAAAAGGUUUGAAAUUUUCACAUGUAGGUAUUUCGAAUUAAGCUGAAAUACCACUGCUCUAAGCCAAUCAAAUUGCAGAAAUUUCUCAUGUAGUAGUAUAACUUUGCUUACUUUAAGUUCCAUAGUGAUAGAGGGCAAGUAAUUGGCAAAAUGAAACAAAAUGAACUGGACUGCCAUGACACAGCCCCUUUAAAUAAUUUCUCUAAGAUUGAAAUCCUAUCAGUUUAUGAACCAGAAAAUUUGUAAGGUAUCCGGUGGAAAAAGUACGUUUAUGAAUUGGGGGGGGGGGGGGGAGGGGGGGAUCUUUCCCCCCCACUUUUGUUUAGCUAGGCCGGAUCUCGUACUGAAAUCAGAACAUGCAAAUCUUAAAUUACACUUGUGUAUUAGGAGCAACUGCUCAAGGUCCCCAAAUUUGACGAUUUUUUUACAUCGGCCAUUCCAAGCUGAUUCCGAUUUCCACUCAAGUUUUGUCAAACACUAUUUCGGCUAAAAGAGCGCCCAAGAUUUAUCGUUUGCCAUCGAUCGAGCUCACGCACACAAAUAUCAACACGUGGGUGAAUGUUCGGCGCUAAACAUUUUUUUCUUCAAGCACUCGUUUUUUGUCCUUUAUUCCCUAUUGACCUUUUUUUACGUUUAAAGUUCAAUGUAAGUUAUCAUUUUAAUUGGUAAAAACAGUAAUACUGUAUUCUGAAAACAGGUUUAUUUCGAGGAAAUGAUCCUGGGUUUUGCCAAAAGCAACACAGUUAGUAGGGAAAGGACUUUGGUCCAUAUCUGCGUCCCGCUUUGGACUAUGGACUUUUCCUGAGCUUUUCUUUUCUCGGUCCCUGCGUGCCUGAUUUUGAUAUGAGGAGAAAUCAGGAGAUGAUCAUUGUUGGAAAUUAUACGGCCAGUGCGAAGUGCCCUGGAAUGUGUUAAUUUUCUCGGUCCUUGCGUGCCUGAUUUUGAUAUGAGGAGAAAUCAAGAGAUGAUCAUUGUUGGAAAUCAUACGGCCAGUGCGAAGUGCCCUGGAAUGUGUUAACGAAAGCCACAAUAUUUUAAAUUAUUUUCCUGAUUUGUCGUUCCCUAGGGGCCGGCCGUUGACUGUUGAGGGGGUGGGAUGGGGCGAUGUUUUUUUUGCGAAAAAUUUAAAUAUCCUGCGAACAGACCUGGAAGAUAACGCCAAAAAAUAAGGAAAUAAAUUCGACCACUGCACAUCAGAAGGCUGGGAAAAGAACAUGAUGUCUGAACUUAUCACCAAGCCCCCCUCCCACCCAUCAAAAAAGUCAAAUGGUCUGAUUCCCUCCCCCCCCUCUUAUGCCUUAAUACCGCUGGUCCUUAAUGCGAAGCGCUGGAAACGUAACAGCAUUUAAGGGAGAAAAAUUGUGCAGAUGAAGCAAAACAUGUUAAGGUUGCUCAAAAAUUUCGAAAAAGAGGUAAAAUUAAGGAGAAUGAGAACGAGACAGCAAAUGCCACAGCUCUGCGAAAGUAGUGUCGUUUUCGUUUUCUUUUCUAUUUAUGUGCCAAUCCAAAAUGGUCGUAUUUGUGAGAGAGAGGGACGAGAAUUCUAAUGCGUAAACUCCGGUGGGGCGUACGUUCAGUGUGCGUUAGUUUUUGACAUAGACUGUUCACAGUCCCCUAUUUUUUCGUGAGAUCGUUUCGAUAUACUGCGUCUUACCGUCACGGGUAUCUUGAUUGUGCAAAUGUACCGAGGGGGCGGGCGUCGGGGAUUAUAGCUGUUGGCGGGGGGGGGGAGGGGGCUUGCUUCCCCCAAACCGCUCCCGCCCCCUAAGUAGUUUUGACACUCAUGCAAGAUGGCAGCCCGUAACACAUAGCGCUCGAUCUCGACGAUCUUACGGAAAAAUAGAGGACUGUGAACACUAUUUUUGACAGUGUCUAUCUCUUUUUUCCAACAGUGCGACUCAGAAGACAUUUUAUGUACAGGAAUCAUCUGUGCUUAGUUUUUGAACUUUUAUCGUACAACUUGUACGACCUUCUUCGAAACACGAACUUUAGAGGAGUAUCAUUAAACCUAACGAGGAAAUUCGCUCAGCAGAUGUGUACGGCAUUGCUUUAUCUUUCUACUCCGGAACUUAAUAUUAUUCACUGUGACUUGAAACCCGAGAACAUUUUGCUGUGUAAUCCCAAGAGAAGUGCUAUCAAGAUUGUGGAUUUCGGAAGCUCCUGCCAGCUAGGACAAAGGGUAAGUAUCCUUUGCUUUAUUUUAUGACAGUGUUAGUUCCUGUAGCCUUUGAACCCAGACUCAUUUCCGCAUUUCUGGGUGGAGAGAAGCGACGACCGGAAGUACGUUUGGGUUUGCUUGCUAGUUCCUUGGUGAUUACAUUCUCGUUGACAGAGCCUCUCGUCCCUCUUGGUCGGCGGGGGCCGGGGGGGGGCGCUGCACGCGGGCCAGGGGGAGCCUCUUCAUCAUAUUCGAAGGCAGGACCAAUACUCUUGGUCUUAACUGAAUAUUAAAAAUAACGUCUUUGUCCUGCAAAAUUCUAGACUUUCGCGUGGGUUCGGUGGCAUAAAGGUGGGUUAGGUCUUUCGUUUUGGGUUUUAAAGCCUGAUUUCUAUUUGUUAUGAAGCAAUAUUAACCCUAAGCCUUUCCUUCUUGACAGUGAGAGUUAAUAAGAAAUUGUCGUAAAGCGCGUGAAGUGCUUUUUCAAGAAGAGAGAGCAUUAAAGUUUGAUUUCUGAAAACAAGGCCAAACCUGCACUGAAAAUAAUAUCAUGGAAGAUGGAAAGAUCUAUGAGAACCUGAAACAAAAGGUGCAAUUGUAGCUAAGCGCGGGAAACUGAACGUCGUGACCAACGCGGGAAAACUGCACUUUGUCUGAAACGCUGGCAAACUGCAACUGGCGUUAAGCAGUAGGCAAUUUUUGAGUUGUUCCAAGCUUAUGUUUUCAAGCAAGGCUAAGGUUAAAGCCAUUAAAUUAAAAUAGGCUUUUAUUCUCAUGCAAUUAAAACUCAUUUUCACCAGAAAGAUUUUGCACUGAGCCUCUUUGUGAAAGUGAGAGUUUUUGCAACUUGGAAAAGGCGACAAGGGCUUGAAAAGGAGUGACUUCUGCUUCGUUCUGAUUCGCUGAAAAUACGUUAUAUCUUUUUGGAAGAGAUGUGCGAAUUCUUAAAAUUACCUUAUGUAAAAUUCUCUGAUCGUAUUUUCACUAGAAAAUUGUUUCACAGUAUCCUUUUAAAAUCCAAUGAUAGAAGCCAGAUAUUACUCACCGCAAAUCAAAACAGACAAAAUUAACACAAGAAAUUCUGACAUCAUAACUAGCAGCCUAAAGCAAGUUUUUGGGGAUAAGCCAAUCACGAUUGUCCUGUGUGUUUAGUGACGUUUCUCUCAGACCACUUAGAUUCCGAUUUACGUAAUCUAGAGAGGUCGAAUCGAUAGAUUGACCGUCUUUAGGCUGUUUGGUCAAGGCAAUCUCUCUAUUUUCGUUGGUUGGCUCUGUGCAGGUGCUAUAUAUGUCAAACAUCGUCUGAAAUCAGAACGAGAUACAAUCUGAACUGUUUAGCUAUAACGCACGAUCGUUUAGACUUCAAUCCAAGAUUGGUUUGUUAUUAAAUCUGAUGAAAAAUCUUAUUAAAUGGAUCGAAAAUCGAAUACUCGUUUGCAAAAUCCAAAUUACAUUCGUUACGAGAACGCCAUACCUAUGUUCCCCACAGUUUUUUUAAUCUGUUAACAAAUUUGGCGCGGCGCGCGAGCUCGCCUUUAAACCGAGUCACACAAUUUUUCAGAAAACUAAUCUAGAGAAUGAGAAUGUAAAGGCUAUGAUUUGUUAAAAUUUCAACAAUGUGUCGAGAACUCCUCCCGCAAACUGAGGUUUUGUUGAGAAUGUGUCCCGUGAUGUCUUCAACAGAUCACUGCGGAUAUAAAAAUAUAUUUGUUUUGGUUAAUUUUUUGUUUGUUUUUCGGAUUGAAGGAGUCAAUUGAUAUUCUUGGAUUUGACCACCUUAUCUUAAAAGGAAAAGAAAUGUUUGCGCACAAUGUGUUGUUUUUUCUAGAUGAAGAGAUAUAGUAAUAUGUAUUUGGAAGUGGUGUCUCCUAAUACGCCAACCACAAUGCACUCACUUCUGUUAAAACUAAAGCAUUUCGCGGACAGACUUCGAUAUCCUCUUCUUAGCAAGACAUAUUGUCUAAAUAUAAAAGCUUUUUAGCUUCAACUGGCUGCCUUUUAAGCAGUAUUGAUAGUUUUUACUUGUCGAGCUGAAACCACAGUGCUAUAGCACAGUAAGUAAUAACACGUACAUUACGCAAACGUCAGUCUGUACCGCGUGACCAAGUUUUUCCUUCUCUUGUCGUUUACUGUUCAUCAUUUCUACACAGAAAUGAGUAGAUUCAUGCCAGUUUCGUCCAUAAGAAUUGCUUUUGACAGUUUUUAUUGGCUCAUUUCGUAAUUUUAGGAAUGUCAGGAAUCGUCGGAAAACUGUUGCCGCAAACGUGAUUCCAAAUCUGUAUAUUAUAAUAGACGGGACAAUGAGUGUGUGUACCACCCCGGGGGCGGAUGUGCAGAGCUUUUAACCUUCUUGCAUUUCAUUUUGAAUAGACCACGAGUCUCUAACUUCAUUUUUCUAUUUUUUUUUUUAAAGAAUAGAAACUUCUUUCUCGCUGUUAGCUUGUGUUCUAUACCUCUCCAUAUGUCUCCCUCGAAAAGGCUCCGUUCCCGGCACCCCCGCUUUCCCUUACUCCCUCAACCUUUACCGGAAGUUUAUACUGUCGUGGAAUAUCCCUUGAUUGACUUAAUUUUUACAUACUGCUAGCAGUCUUUUUUAUUGUACGUGUAUACACACCAGCCUUUAGUCGAGUGUUUAUACAAAAAAAAAACGCCAAGUCACGAGUGGUCAUACUUCGUAAAAGUAUAACUAAUUAAAUUUUUCCCAUGCUACUCAUAGUGACGAUGUAAAGAAACAUCUACAUCAGAAGUAAACACAAUGAAAAGUCACUUUUAAUACUAAAUAUAUAAUCUGUAACCAAGAACAUCCAAAAUUGAUCGACAGCUUGUCAAUGAAUCAAGUUUGUAUUGACUACUCACCUCUGCCUGCUCAGUUUACCUGCAUCGUCAUGAAAAGGACAAAAGACGGUUGUCGUGUGUUUCUGGCGGGUUUCAGUUGGGCUUCUUGUUUCAAAAUAUGGUUUUCUUUGGUUCCAACUUGGUGUUUGCAACACUGGUUAACUGGUUUGUUUUUUAAUCGCUUAAAUAAAUUCGUUGACUACUUUGUCCGUUAUAGCCUGAUUGUUUUUGUUUAUAUUGCAACUUGCCCUUCUAAGAAGUCGAAAUGAAAGUUAAAAUUCGGGUUUUUUUCUUUUUAUACAAAGUCCCUUCCGGCAUAUUUUUGUCGAAUGACCAGUAUUGCUUGUCGCUAUCUGCUCUGUUUUCGGCGGGAAAAUGAUUAGGCUGCAAAGAUCACUGGGAUUUUUUGAGAAUACAAUUCGUUGCGUACCGCAGAAUAUGCAACGUGUUUUAACUUGCUGAUUGGCUGUAUUAUGCAUGGCGUGAGAUAAAGCAUAAUACAUGCCAUGGGGAAAGCUGUUCUGUACUCUCGGUGCGUAAUAAGAGAUUGUCUUAUUAGCACUUAGCUUCGCGAUUUUGGCGAGAGAGUAUUUCACGGGGUUUUAUUUUCACGAUUUUAACACGCAAAUGCGAAAUAUUCUCGAUUUAAGCGUUCUCAGCUUCACUUUAUUUUCUAAAAGAGUCUGAAAGUUUCCAAAUCUCAAGGUAAACUGGAAAAACAAAGUGUUAAAGCUUCAUAAAUUAACGCUAUUUCACUUACUGAAGAUACAAAACGGAGCUUACUAGUGAAAGCAGUUAACAAGUUAUAUUUUCGAUAGAUAUCAUGUAGUUUGUUGCUAUUAUAAGUUACUAAUUUUUUCUGCGAUUUGAGUUUUCUAUAUAAGUCUUCAAUUUCGCAGGUCUUUAUUUUGGCAAUUUUUUGCAGUCGCGAAAAAUACGAAAUUAAAAACCCGCGAAAUUAAGUACCAAUAAGUUAGUCAAUAAAUAUCAGUAGUGGAGGCGGGAGGGGUUGGGUCAUUGUUUCUGUUAGCUUUUGCGUUACUUUAACCUACACACGAGUAACGGGUCAAAUUAUUCGGUAGAAAAGUAAGGUUUGGGUAGUUGUUAAAAAUCCUUUAAACCCUUCAUAAUCAGAAACUGACCAGAACAACUCUAUAAGGUCUGUAAUUUUUAUAUGCCAUGGUCCGGUUAAAAUGUGCUGAUCUUUUCAAACAAGAGGCAGUUUUGUUUUCUAGGCGUUACAGAUAAAUAAAUCCUAACUUCUUAAGUCUAAUAGCUAAAUUUACAGGCAAGAGCAUUUAAAAAUAAUUGAGUUAGUUGUUUCUAAGACAAGGUCUACGAGGAAAUUUACUGCUUUCUUCACGAGAGUGUAUUAACCCCUUUAGAACCUUUCGCAUGUGAACGGUAACUGUAAAUGCGCUAGUUUGCAUUCCUACGCGAACUUUAGAACUAUUAAAUGUAGUCGUGUGGAAAAAGCACAAAAUAGUUCGGGAAAAGACCCCUACCACCGCCCCCUUUAUACUUUCUUGUCAUUACCUUAUGUUUUUUCCGUCCACGGUCUGUUGGGUUUUGGUGUUGGAUAAACAACGCCUUGGGAUAAUUUCGUUGCUUUCUCAAGGGCCGUAGCAAAUGCAUUUGAGGUGCUAUCAUGUCCGUCCCGAGGAAAUUGGUUAUGCCCGAAUUCGAUUUCAAGUGACAACCAUGAAAAAUGUCAAUACUAAUGCAUGCUUUGUUUCGGUGGAGUGAGCUUUUUGUUUUUAGAUGCAAAUAUUUGCGUAUUGGCCUCGUACUGUUAUUAUAAUUACUCUUUGUUUGUCAUGAUGAAUGCAAGGCAGUUCAUAAACCUUGUAUGCUGGAGUUUGUUUACGGUAAAUGUUUGAGAUUUGACACGUUACCCUUAAUCUGCACGAAAACAGGGUUGACGAAACAAGUUCAGUUAAAGAAAAAGAGUUAAGUUGCAGGCUUCAUUUGGUUGUUGUCUUAGGCAGAAAAUGUUGGAUUUCUUUCCACACAACACCUCAUGCGUAGCACUUAAUUUUAGAGGGUGUUAUGGCACAUUACAAGCAAGCUUAUAUUUCACGGUAAGAGAUGGUAUAAGAAGGCGAUCUCCCAUUCAUAAACCUGUCAUUUAGCCGUAGAAAAUCAAUAAAAUAUCGAGGUAGAUAUCUGUGCAGGCUGGGCGAAAUUGGAUUUAUUUUUACAAGACUUCAAAUGUGAAAUAAUCCAUGUAGAGAUGCCAGGGCAAAGCGGUGGAGGCUAGGACUUUCACGAAAUUAAUUUGUUAAUAACACUGCUAAAAACUACGCGGGAAACAGCGAGCGAGAGGCGCAACACAUUUCAAUAUCAAAGUGAAUAUUCUCCGCAGGCCAACUCGUGUUUUAAUGACAGCUGAUUUAUAAUGAAUUGUAAAGACAAUAGUCUAGAACAAUGCCAUACAGGACAAGUAAAACAAUAGACAUCAAUAUUUGAACAACUGCCCGUCGAUUCCACCAAUCCCUGCAGUCGCACCGUACAAACCAAGCUGCGUUUUAAUUGAAAAGUGUCUAGAAUCUAUGCAAAUUAACUUGUGGGUAUAAUAUUGUUGGCUCCACCACACAUUUUGCAUUAUUGAUUAAAGAAAGGUGUUUGGACUUCGUUUCUCUCCUGAAAUUUUCUCUGUUUUUGACUAAAUAAAAACUAUGACAGUCUAUUUAUUUUCCUUCCUUCAAUAUUGUUUUUCGGUUUUCAAGAACAUUAAAAACUGAAAUGUUGAGAGAGAGCGUGUUUUAACUUCCUCUUCUUUCACUUCAUUUCUCUUGAUCUUUUAGUAAAAGACCCCAGUGCAAUUAUUUCCUCUCAUAAAAGGUCAAAACACUCGGCGAUACUUGGAAAUAUAGCCAAAAAAUAAAUGUUCACAUCUGACUCAUAAUUGCCUCUAGCUAUUUUUUUUUAAUGUCAGACUGCUUGGCGACACUACUAUUCCCGGGUAAUGUAAGAUAAGAAUAAAAUAAAACCUGAACGAAUUACGAAUUGAUUUCAUCGAAGGAAUAAUCCUUGCAGCCUGCCACUGUCGACGGUUUGGUUUAAACUGGGCUUGGGAUAAAAGUUAGUUAAGUAACGUGCGUUCUGAAAAGAAGACGUCAACUUCCUGGCAUAAUGUAGUACAGUUACCUCUUCCUUUAGCCUAAACUGAAGAGGAAUAACUUUUUUUGGCCUGCGGGGUCAAUUUUCAUAAUUGGUUAUUCCUGUUUACAUUUCACUUUUGAAGCUCAGCUUGAAGAAAAUGGCAAUUACAUAGAAUUAUGGUGGUCACGCGUUUUCAUCUUGCGCACCUGACCUUUGGAACAAUCUUCGUCUUGAUGUAGGCUGCGUAGCAGGCGCUAGGAAUUAAAUGGGCGCAAGAAAAAACGCGCGCGCGAGAAGGAGACACGCGCACGUUCUUUCUUGUGCUCAUUUACUUCCUAUCGCCUGCUACGCAGGCUAUCUUGAUGUGAGAAUCCCUGCGUCUGCUUAGUCAUCUAAAACCAGGCUUAAAACUUCUAUUUAUUGCGAGCCUGUAUAAUAGUUUGAAUCAGUACUUUUUAAUUAUCUAGAAUUUUUGCAAUUUUCUGUUAAACUUUUCGGUCUCGAUUUCAUAUUGAAAGAGCAUCGAGAUUUUCAUGUAAUGCGCGAGAAAUAAAUUAUUAUAUUUAUUAUUAUUAUUAUUUUAUAUUAUUAUUACUAUUAUUUAAAUUAAGGCACCUAUUUGACAGCUGUCAACUUUGUUACCCUGACACGACAGACAAGUGUUCUAAAGAUAUUACUUUUCAUGAGACGUGUUCUAUUUAUACAACUUCAAUUGAUUUGUGAUGAGUUGUCUUGGAGGAACUAGCAAUUUAAAAUCGACAUUUAGUCUGCCUGGCAAGCCUUUUGGCGGCAUUGAAGAGUCUUCCGCUUCGUGGCUGAAUAAAGCAAAAUCCCUCAUUAUUUGUUCACGCGCCAACUUUUGCACCCGCUGAAGAGCGGAAAACUCUCUAGUUACAAUGUCCCUUAGCCAGCUCUAGUUCCAGGUCCAGAUUCUCGAGGUAUCGACAAUAAACGGGAGCGAUUAAAACGGUGGAAGAUUGGAGAGACCAUAGGAGGGCUUCCUUUCCCUGCCUUGGUUAUUUUUUCUGUCGCUGUCCUUCUCAUUCCGUCCUGUUCUGCACUGUGUUAACGCUUAUAACACACAGAACAUGCAAGUGGCGCUAUACGACGCAAGCUAAAUAACUAUUGUUGCGUGCACUGUGUGAAGGCUUAAAACAGGCUUAUUGGUGCUAUGAUACGUAAGGUGAUGGACAAUUUGUUUUCGUACGCUGUACAAACGCUUAGAAUGGGCUGAUCGGCGCUAUGCUGCGCAAGCUAAUCAAAAAUUUCUUUCGUAAUUGUGAACACGCUUAGAAUAGGCUCAGUGGCGCUCUACUUCGCAAAGUUAUCAACAAUUUGUUUCGUGAAUGGAUGCGUUAAAAUAAUUUUACCUCGCUUGUAACUCGUACAUGAAGGCUGUUACAAGGUGUCAUUCAAAUGUAAAUUGAUUGCAGCUCCCUUAAAAACUCGAAAUAUAAGAGGAACGUUGUGAAGUUAGACUGUUCACACUCCCCUAUUUAUCCGUAAGAUCGCCGAGACCGAGCGCGUCGCGUUGCGGGCGGUCUAUUCAUCGUGGUUUCAAAAUGUUAGGAGGCGAGCUUCCCCUUGGUGCAUUUGAAACCAAGAUAGUUGCCGUAACUAUGAGCGUUCCAGAAUCUAGAGGAUCUUACGGAAAAAUAGUGGACUGUAAACAGUCAGUGGAAGGUUUUAUGGUGGUUAAACCUCAAGCUUCUUUCUAAUACGUGCUUUCUUUGUACGCAGAUCUAUCAAUACAUCCAGAGCCGGUUUUACCGCUCACCAGAAGUGCUUCUUGGUGUACCUUACGAUCUCGCUAUCGACAUGUGGAGUUUGGGUUGUAUUCUUGUGGAAAUGCAUACCGGAGAACCGCUCUUCAGUGGGGCGAACGAGGUGAGAAUUACAUGAAGUACUAAUAAAAAUUGCACCGUAAUUUGGAGGGAGUUAUUAUAACUCCAAAAAUGGAGUAAAAAUUUUAGGUACAGGAUAACCCCUUUUUUGGGGUUAUUUUAACUCCUAAUUUAACUCCGAAUUUGGGUUCAUUUUUACUCCUGAAAAAGAGUUCUUUUUACUCCCAGUCUGGAGUUAAAAUAACUCCGAAAUGGGGUUAAUUUUACUCCUUACAUGGGUUGUUUUUACUCUUUUUGGAGUUAAUUUAACUCUGAAAGUAGAGUAAAAAUUUUAGGUACAGGAUAACUCCUUUUUUGGGGUUAUUUUAACUCCUCAAUAUCUUGGGUCACUUUUACUCCUGAAAAAGAGUUUUUGGAGUUAAAUAACUCCCCCCAAAAUAACUCCACUGUAAAGAGUUGAAUUAGCCCCACUAGAGGAGUUAUUAUAACUCCUUGAAAAUUACUGUGUGAACAAAUAAGUAAAUAAAUAAACGGAUAAUAAAUACAAUAUCAUACAAACUUUAAUGACACUCCCUAAAGAGGGUAAAGAGGGCUUUUAAGUGACAGUCAUUAUUAAUUUACGAGAUAGUACGUCAGAACGAUAGUAAAUCUAAAAAUUACAAUCAUACUAUGGUUUAUAUAAAAGAGUAAGAAAGCUAAAAAUAGUCACUAGAAUUACAAGGUAAAAAUAAAUGGGGACGUUUGUGACACAAAAUUUAACCCCUCCCUCCCCCCAAAGAUCAUAAGCUAAGACCGACAAGAAAGAAAAGCGGCGAAUAAAUUCGCUGUGAACAGAGUUGCAGAGUUUAAAUGAAGAAAUAAAUAAUGAUUUAAUGGUUCUUGGUCUACCUGAUUCCUGGUCGAACUGGAAUUUGGAAAUGUUGGUUUUUGGGGAGAGGGGAAAACCGAAGUAGCCUGAGGUAAAAGGGAAACAACCAACAUAUGGCGGCGACGCCGGGAUUUGAAACUCAUGCCAUGUGCCAUGUAGGAGGUGAGAGGUAUCCAUUCUAGUCACAAUCAGAACAUGAAGUGUUUUCUUUAAAAGUCUGACAGGAAAGUUCCGCUUUCAUGGCGACUAUUAUGACAGAAAACAUCAUCACGUUUAUCUCGAGUCUCUCAGCGCCGGUUAAAAGCUUUCAAAUGGAGCAAAUUGUUCACUUUGCUUUUUUUUGUUGUAGUUUGAUCAAAUGAUGAAAAUUGUGGAGGUUUUGGGCCUUCCACCGAAACACAUGCUAGAGGGUGCCCCCAAGGCUAGAAAGUUUUUCGAUCGAUUGGCAGAUGGCAGCUACGUCUGUAAGAGUAGCAAAGACGGAAAGAAGGUAAGCAAAUGUAUUAAUUUCAUAUACUUUUUCUUCAGUCGUAUUGAUUCCUGUUGAUGCGUUGCGCGCGUUGUGUGUCCACGCGAAAAGCGAUAUUCCACGCUUUUUGUUGUUUAUCUCAAUGGAGAAAAAGAAGAGAUCACAGAACCGAAUUGUCUCGUAUCCUCUCUUGGAGAUCACACGUAGUUAAGCCUUCAAGCGUAUGGCCCUUAGUGGUUGUGCUUAAAUACAGAUUUUACUGUAUUUCUGCUCUGUAAAGCAUGACUUUUUCUCCUUGUAAAUCCUGAAGAGAGCAGGCAAAGGAGACAUGUCUAUCCCAUAUCUCCGAUACGUCUUGUCGGCUCACACGGGUUCACCUUGUCGUGAACAAAUCGGUUCAGUCAUUCGAAGUGUACAGUUAAAGACGGUUUUGCUCGUUUGCAAGCAAGCUCUCUCAUUUAAGAGCUUGCUCACAGGUUAUGGUUCUUGAACCUCUGCCUCCAUCUCCACCGUUUUUUUCUGCCUCAAACUUUCUCUAGCCAGCGAAUACAGCCUUCUUCCCUCGCUCCUCGCCGCCAGAGUCGUUUCUAGGAUCAGGGAGCAAGGAGAGAAGGCUGUAUUCACAGGUUAAGCUUUGUCGCGCCUCAGGCGCUUUGGAUAAAACAAGUGCUUCCCAGCCUAUUCGUUUAAGAAGAAUUAUCCACAGGCCCUGUCUGCUUAGGGUCUGGUUUUCCUAGAAGACUAUAAUUUACGUAAAAACUGUGUUUUCCCCAAGGAAUAUCGACCCCCCGGAACACGGAAGCUCCACGAUGUUUUAGGAUGUGAGACAGGUGGCCCGGGAGGGCGGAGACAGGGAGAAUCUGGGCACACGCUCCAGGACUAUUUAAAAUUCAAAGACCUUGUUUUGCGCAUGCUAGAAUUUGACCCCAAGGCGCGUAUAGCGCCUUACCAAGCUUUGCAACAUUGCUUCUUCAAAAAGACUGCCGACGAAAGCACAAACACUUCUCAUUCUGCUAAUUCUUCACCCGCCAUGGGCGGAACUACGAACAGGACUGUUGGGGCGAGCACAAAUAGCGCUGCUUCUUCCAGCACUGGUACGCGCGCAUGUUCAGACCCCACCAACCGCGGUACUGUCACGUCAUCAGCUAUGGAAUGUGACAGUCCCGGUGGAAAAGGACCGCAGGCUUGGAGCAACGCGGGCGCGGGCAUUUCUUCGAAUUUUAAGCGAAACACAGAGAGAACUUGUAAUAAUUCUGAUUCAAGAAUCGCCACUCAUGGACUUAAACAAACUUCUACAUUGCCUGUCGCACAUAGCGAUGGCUCGUCCGCGUACAGUUCUUCCUCUAUUAACGCAUCUGUGCAUAGUGGUGAGGCAGGACGAAGCCAGGGGCGGGAUUUCGGCAUUGGCGGAGGAAUGUACUGCAGCUCAGAAACUGCAUCGAAUUACUCAUCAUCUUCGUCUUGUAAUUCAAUGACUGUCGAGCCGCAUGGGGCAGUCGGAGGGGGAGUGCUUCCCCCAGAAGCCUUCACACAGCUGAACUACUCUGCGACAAAUUUAUCGCUUAAUCCAGGGGAACACGAGGUAAAUUGCGUGGGAUCCUCAACGACUAUUCCAAAUUCGUUGGCGAAUCCAAGGGCACUUCCAUUGGGACAUCGCAGGGAUUAUGUUCAUCAGCAUUCAACGGGGGAUGAAUCUCCCAUGGUGGGAGUUUGUGUACAACAAAGCCCGGUUGUUAGCAACUAA